GUGGGCWGUGGUUGUUGUGGUUAGCUAGCUAGCUAGCUGCUGAGGCUACAACAACUUAUCCACCUAUGUGUUAACUUACGACUAAUUUCAAGGUUUAGUCAGAAAGAAUUGUGGAGAUGGAGGUGUCGGGCUACCAGUCUAAGCUGCUGUGUGAGCUCAAUGAGCAGCGGAAGAGAGAUUUCUUCUGUGACUGCAGUAUAGUCGUUGAGGGACGGGUCUUCAAGGCCCAUCGCAACGUCCUAUUCGCCGGCAGCGGCUACUUCCGKGCCCUAUUGGUCCACUACCUACAGGACAGCGGUCAGCACCACAGCACGGCCUCUCUGGACAUCGUGACGGCCGAGGCCUUCUCCUUCAUCCUGGACUUCCUGUACUCGGGUCGACUGGACCUGCGCAGCGACAACGUCAUCGAGGUGAUGUCAGCGGCCAGCUARCUCCAGAUGACUGACGUGGUGUCCUUCUGUAAAGGCUACAUCCGRUCCUCUCUGGAGAUCUGUAAUAGGGAGAAAGAGAGGGAUGGAAACAAAGAGAAGGAAAGAGACGGUCCGGCUGACAGUGGAACCCCAGCCAUGCCACCUCCCUCUUCCAGAGCCUCUGUAGCUGUASCUGUACCGUCGUUGUCACUAGACGGAGAUGGAGUUACUCAUGUAAGUUUAGAGCCCUCCCCGUCCACGGUCACAGACCCCCCAUCCUCGGCAGCAGCCCUCCCCAGGAUCRCCACGCCCCCCGGCCCUAGCAGAGACUCUGAGAGCGACUGCAGCUCCAGAGGGGAGUUCCCMUCUCAUAUUAUUGGGGGCCUGACCCCCCACGGACACGGGGAKCAUCUGAUGAACCCCCUUUCCUCCUCAACCUCUGGCUUGACCCUAGAACUGGUGCACCCCAAGAUCGAGUACGACCCCGAUGACGAGCCCGAGGAGGGAUCUCCCGAUACCAAAAACCUGACGUUGUUUAUGGGACCCCCCCCCCACACCCAGCACCCAGACCACCUCCAUGACAGGCUGACGUCCUCCAGCCCUUCCCCCAGCAGCGAGCGCUCCUCCCUGGGCUUCGGGGGCUGCCARGCCAGGCAGUUCAUGGAUGUGCUGUUGAGAGGCGGCUCCAGCCCCCACAUGGACAGAGGGGAGCAGGGCCAGAUGUUUGCCCAGGGAAUGGGCCUCUGGGGUGGGGGAGGCAGGGUGGAUGAGGGACUGGGGAUGGGUGGUUCCUCUAUUAUGGAGAUACAGAGCGACUGGUACGGAGAGGACACAGGAGAUGGCUUGUUAGUGCCGGUGAAGCUCCACAAGUGUCCGUUCUGCCCGUACACCGCCAAGCAGAAGGGCAUCCUGAAGAGACACAUCCGCUGUCACACUGGAGAGAGACCUUUCCCCUGUGAGACGUGUGGCAAGAGGUUCACACGCCAGGAAACACUCCGCAGCCACUCACUCAGCGUGCACCGCUUUAGUUGGCCCGUGGUUUGUAAAGGGUGUAGACGAAGAUUCACUGGAGCCCUGUCCCACGGACUCAAACGCUUCGGCCUGUGUGACAACUGUACCUGUGUUACGACCACGGGCCACGACGACUCACCUCCCGCCCACAUCAACCUCAACGGCCAACCAGAGGCCAUGGAACGUGGGGACGGAGACAGUGAUUGGCCCAGGUUCAGGGAGGAUGCUGAUGACAUGGAGGCCGGGGGAGGGAUUAUAGAGGAACUGGGGGAGAAAGGGAAACUACACAGAUGACUAUCAGAAAUCCCAACCACAGUGGACAUGAAGGAGAGGAGACAAGGAAAGGAAGAAUUUAACUUUCAGACACAGUUUUAGUCCUAUCUUGCAGUCUACCUCCCCCAGUAGUUUAAUUAGGGGAACAAUCCAAGACUGAAAAAGAGGUCCAUGUUUGUCUUGGCUACUAUUUUGGACCAAAAUAACUGUGGUACAGAAACAGAACUGCAUGACCAUAAGAGGACUGGGUUUAGCCCUAGGAGAAAGACGUUGUGUUGUCCCUAGGAGAAAGACGUUGCGUUGUCCUCCUA